GCUUUGGUUAGUUGACUAGCCAAAUCCUGAGAAUGGAUCUUGUAGACUUUUUCUUGCCUAACACCUUUCAGGCCGGAGAGGAAAAGGGGGCGGGCCUGAGGGGGAAGGCUUUUCAGCCCCGGAGUGGUUCAGUGUGUACUGGUGUAAGUCAAAAAUGUGGGUCUGCAGCUCUGCUACAUUUUAUGGGAAAGUCAGUUUCCCACCAUUGUGUCCAGACACUGACGGGGCUGCAAUGUGCAUGUUUGAUUAUGUGAGUAUGAGAAACAGACUGAAUUCUGAGAGUCGCACAGGAAGAGGCUGAGUUCAGAUAACGCUGGAGCUUCUAGGGUGAAAGCAGACCACUCUUGGCAAAGCUUUUUUUAGCGUCUUUCUGGACUGGGCUUGUUUUUGUCUGCUUGUGGCUGCGGAGUGUUGACAUCCUGCUAUUGAGACGGAGCGUGGCUGUUCACGGUGUGGCGCUGCCUAGCCAGCGGUGAUCGUGGCUUUGCUGAGCUACAGGGCCACAUGCCAUGGGCUGUGUUUUCUCCCUGCCAGAAGACAGGAGAGAUGCUGCCGAGAGAGCCCCCACAACGAGAGAAACAAGUUUCAUUGAGAAAAUGAAGAAAACAGGAAAGAACAUCAUUGUGUUCUAUGGCUCCCAGACUGGCACAGCAGAGGAGUUUGCCAACAGACUCUCCAAAGAUGCUCAGCGUUAUGGGAUGAAGGGAAUGGCUGCUGACCCAGAAGAAUAUGACAUGGGCGAACUAUCUCGUUUGUCUGAGAUCAAAAACUCACUAGCCAUAUUCUGCAUGGCCACCUAUGGAGAAGGAGACCCAACAGAUAAUGCCCAGGAUUUCUAUGACUGGCUACAGGAAAAUGAUGAUGAAGACCUCUCUGGACUGAACUUCACGGUAUUUUCCUUGGGCAACAAGACCUAUGAGCAUUACAAUGCCAUGGGGAAAUAUGUGGACAAAAGGCUGGAGGAACUUGGGGCCAAGCGCAUCUUUGACCUCGGUUUAGGAGAUGAUGAUGGCAACUUGGAAGAAGACUUUGUCUCGUGGCGAGAGCAGUUUUGGCCAGCUGUCUGUGAGCACUUUGGCGUGGAAGCCUUAGGAGAUGACUCAAGCAUACGUCAAUAUGAGCUGAAGGAGCACACUGACAUCAACAUGAAUAAAGUGUUCACGGGAGAGAUUGGCCGUCUGAAGAGUUUUGAGGUCCAGAAACCGCCGUAUGAUUCUAAAAAUCCCUUCUUGGCCCCAGUCACUGUCAACCGUAAACUCAACAAAGGUGGUCAGAGGCAUCUGAUGCACCUUGAAUUAGAUAUUUCAGGCUCAAAGAUAAGAUAUGAGUCAGGAGACCAUGUGGCUGUUUUCCCUACUAAUGAUGCAGCGUUGGUGAAUAAGUUGGGACAAGUCCUUGGUGUGGACCUUGAUGUGGUUAUCUCUCUGAACAACCUUGAUGAGGAGUCGAAUAAGAAACACCCAUUCCCCUGCCCCACAACGUACCGCACAGCUCUGACUCACUACCUCGACAUCACGCACCCUCCUCGCACCAAUGUCCUCUAUGAGCUUGCACAAUACGCUUCGGACCCUCAAGAACAGGAGAAUAUGCGCAAGAUGGCCUCCUCCUCCGCUCAGGGCAAGGCCCUCUACCAGAGUUGGGUAUUGGAGCCCUGCAGAAACAUUCUUGCCAUUCUGGAGGACAUGCCCUCUUUAAAGCCUCCCAUUGACCACUUGUGUGAGCUUCUGCCUCGUCUGCAGGCUCGAUAUUAUUCCAUAGCCUCCUCCUCGAAAGUUCAUCCGAACAGCAUCCACAUCUGUGCUGUGGUCGUGGAGUACAAGACCAAGACGAACCGUAUCAACAAGGGAGUGGCCACAAACUGGCUGAAGAACAAAUUGGUCACUGACAACGGCCACAAAUCUACUGUUCCCAUGUAUAUCCGCAAAUCUCAGUUCCGCCUACCCUUCAAGGCCAGCGUCCCGGUGAUCAUGAUUGGUCCUGGGACAGGAAUCGCUCCCUUCAUGGGCUUCAUUCAGGAGAGGGGCUGGCUCAAACAGCAAGGCAAGGAAGUUGGAGAGACAUUGUUGUUCUGUGGCUGCAGACAUAAGAAUGAAGAUUAUCUCUACCAGGAGGAGCUAGAGGAGGCUGAGAAGAAUGAAGUUCUAACACGGCUUAAUGUUGCCUUCUCCCGAGACCAGGAGCAUAAGGUUUAUGUGCAACACCUCAUGAAGAAAAAUAAAGAGGACAUCUGGAAACUCAUUCACUCAGAAAAUGCCCAUAUCUACAUUUGCGGUGAUGCAAGGAACAUGGCAAAGGAUGUGCAGACGGCCUUCUAUGAGAUAGCAGAAGAUGUUGAAGGCAUGACCCGCACCCAGGCCACAGACUACAUCAAGAAACUGAUGACCAAGGGACGUUACUCGCAAGACGUGUGGAGUUAAAACUCUCAAACCCGGCCUUCAUCUCACUUCUCAAGUGGUUGUUUUUAAUUGGUGGCAUCUGUUUUUGUUCUUUUUGUUUGUUUGUUUGAUUUUUUUUUUUUUUUUUAGGUCUUAUUUUAUUGUGACUGAAUAUGAAAAUAUUUAACAGUCUUUCAUUUUCAUUCUGGUUCAUGAAGUUUAAAGUGGAAGCCCUACCUCUGCUGAUUAUUUAGUAAAACCAAUACACAGCUUUAGCCUCCUACUCAUCUGUGACAUAUGUGUAUAACUGGAUCUUCAGCACUUGUCCUUCAGCCUCCGAAAGCACUGUGCGGGUCCUCUGUGCUGUUAAUUUUAACUGGCUGUAAUAAGGGGUAAUUAAAGUAUAUUACUCUGGAGGGGUCUUGCUUUCCUCCUCUUUAAACUUCAAAAUUCUGGUGGUAAAAAAAAUGCAAAUUCGCGGGUGCAAUACAACAAGUGUGCAGGGGUCGGCUGUAUGCAUGUUUCCUUCAGCGAAAAAUUACAAUCAAACAUGUUAUAAGAUAUGAAGAUUUUGAGGGAAGUGUUUUAGUCAACUGCCAUCAAAAUGUAAUGCAAUGUGCAGCUUUAUGUUUUGACAAGGGACCUUUACUGCUUGGUUUAAUCAGUAAUUAACUUGAAAUGCAGGUAGGUCGCAGAUGUCAAACUUUGGUCCCCGAGGGCCAUUAUCCUGCAUGUUUUCCAUCUCUCCCUGCUGCAACACACCUGAUUGAAAUGUUCGGAGGGAUGGAAAACAUGGAGAAAAGUGGGCCUAGAUAACCUGGGUUUGACACCUGUGAGCCAGGUGAUGCAAAGGGGAUUCUUUACUGUAUUCUACUUCAUAUAGGCAUGCAAUUUAAAACAAAAGAGAAUAGAAAAUAUAUAGAUACAAUGUAAAGUGUUACAGAAUUGAAAAAUCUGGCCUGUAACAGCGUUUGGCUUUAUAGGUUUUUUUUUUUAAUGCAUUUGACUGGUUUGUCCAGUGCCAGUAACACUGAACCACAUCUGACUAUAUGUUUUAAUGCAACAGAUGUAUGUUGUCCACUCAUUUAUGUACCACAAUAGGGAAACACUUCUCUCCGUACGUGGUCUGUGAUUUCCCUACAAAUUGUAUGUGAAGCAUGGAUUUGACGAGUAAACAAAUGUUGCCAUUAUGCUAGCCAGCUCGUGUGCAACCUGUGCCUUUUGAACACUGCCUUACAUAUUGGAUUUGUAAACCUUACUUCAAUUGUUUUACUUUUUCCUUCUGAAUGUUUCAUGGACUUUAACCAGACCGAGACACUUCGCUGAGUACUGUCACUUUUGUCCAUUCCUCUUCAUGAUGAAAUUACGCCUGCCUUUUUUAUAUGUAAAUUAAUACAAAUUCAAUAAUU